UUCUUAUUCUUUCUCAAUUUCUCUCUCUCUCUCUCUUUCUCUUCUCUGUUUUUCUGAUUAAAGAAGAUGAUGAUAGAUUCUGUUAUGGAGCUUGUCAACAAGACUACUUCCAAUUCUUUAUUCAUGUUCCUUUUCUGCAACUUCAUCAUCAUUUUGAUCCUCAUGGGUAACUCUAAACCGGGUUCCCAAGACAAAUCAAAUCCCGGUUUGCAGAAACCCGUGAUGUUUUCUGACUCGGUUCUCUCCUCUAAAUCCGGUUUUGAGAAUUCCAUGAUGAUUUCUGAGUCGACUAUCUCUUCCAAACCCGGUUUUAAGAAAACCUUGUUGACUUCUGAGUCGGCUCUCUCUUCCAAACCCGGUUCUAAGAAAACCUUGUUGAAUUCCGAGCCGGCUCUCUCUUCCAAACCCGGUUUUGAGAACUUCGUGAUGAUUUCUGAGUCGACUAUCUCAUCCAAAACCGGUUUUGAGAAAUCCUUGUUGAAUUCUGAACCGGUUCUCUCUCCGAAACCCGGUUUUGGGAAAUCAGGGUUGAAAUCGAAGACGGUUCUCUUGUCCAAACCCGGUUUUGACAAAUCUGUGUUGAUCUCAAAGUCGUAUCUCACAUCUAAGCCCGGUUUACAAGAAACCGAGGUGAUAUUUAAGUCGAAUGUCUCCUCCAAACCCGCCGGUUCUGAGCAAUCGUUAACAUCCAAAUCCGGUUCAGAUUUUACAGAGAAUGAUGAGAAAGGGAGAUUGGAAGAGAAUGAGAGCGAAAUGGAGUGUGUGCUUCGUAGACGAGUCGAAGAAUUUAUUCGUAAAGUUAAUACUCAAUGGAAAUCAGAAAACACUAAGAGUAAUUAUCUCUUAGACUAAUAAAAGUUUUGUUUAUACUUAUGGA